AUGGCUAAAACCCAGCUGGGCAUGGUCUUUCUCACAAUUAUCAUCAUCCUCAAGAUUGCCGCUUUCAUCCAUGAUCCACAUACGAGGCCGUUGAAGGCUGAUAAAUAUCACAUUGAUGCAAAAGCGGCGGAAGGCAUACUAUCUUUCGUGAUCUUUAUUCUUGCUGUGAUAAAUAUAUCAUCACGGAGCUAUAACAAAUCAUCUGACUAUGAGAAAUGUGAUGACGCCGAUGCCGACAUCGUUGGUGGCGGCAUUCUCAUAGCUGCAUGGAUUCAGAUAGGGAUCCUCUCUUUGAUCGCUUUCACUGGUCUCUUUCAUUUCGGGCGGACGCCUAUCAAAGAAGUUGGAGCCGGUUUGCUUUUAACACAUGUAUCGUUGGCGAUCGCCUUGGUAGUGUCGUUGGGCGGAAAUAAUCUCUCUGUUCAAGACGCAAUUCUCGGAGCGAUGGUCCUUGACGGGCAGAAUGCUGCUCUCUCGCUUCAACUACUAACGAAAGAGAUAUUGGCCUCUCGGUGGCAGACGGCCAUGGUUGUGGGGGGGCAGUCGCUGGGGUUAGUAAUUGAGGGGAUCGUUGUUGAUGCCUUCCACCGAAACUCACUUGUCCCAAAGGGUUGUCGAUGCUUGCGCGUGUUCUGGUGGGUGUGGUUUGGUAACUGCGAUACCCCAGAGCCGAACGACAUCUAUCCCUUCUGGUGUUACUUCGCACUUCGCUGCGGAUUGUUUCUUGAGGGUUUAUGGAUUACAGCGACUCAGUCUCGCAGCUAUCACAUUGCUGAAAAGAAAGAGAGGGAAGACCCUUGCAGUCGUUGCGAAGGCUGCGAGGAGUGGUACCAUCCAGGGACGCGACCGGCCCCGGCUCAGCAGCAUCCACAGCAAGGAGAUGGGGAGCAGCCCGCUCAAGAGGUGGCUAACUGGCUACAUCGUAGGCAACAAUCCGCAGAAGACGCGAAUCAAUGCCAUGAGCCCAAGAAGCCGUCAACGAUCAGUGCGAUUGUCGUUCACCGCGCCCUCUUUGCGAUUCUAUCCAUGAUAUCAACUCUAUACACAAUGGCCACAUACUCGAUGAAAGCGAGUGCGAAUAUGGAUGCGGUCGGCCAAGUUGCCGCCAUGGUUAUUGGUGCCGGGACCACACUUCGGGUGUUGUGGGUUGCUUAUCACUCCUGUUAUCCUCUUCUCGAGACUCCAGACGCGGAAGACGCCGACCUCCUGGAACGAUAG